AAGAUGGUACAAACACAAAAGUUGUUUGUGUAUGUUUUUUACGCAUGUUUUCUACUAUCGAAUUUGCCCACUUAUUCUUGGGGAAGGAGGCUAUUUGAAAAAGAAGGACCAAAUUAUGCCGUCAAGACAAUUAAGACAGAAUACGGAGAUAUAUAUGAUUGCAUAGAUUUCUACAAGCAACCGGCAUUUAAUCAUGCUCUAUUGAAGAAUCAUACUUUCCAUCCUUCGACGAGGUCUAAUUCAAAACCUAAAAUGGCCGGAAAAAACACCAACUCUUUGACAAAGAAUGAUAUGUUUUUGGAUAUGAUCCGCUUCAAGGGUGAGAGUUGCCCUUCAGGAACUGUUCCUAUAAGAAGAGUGAAUAAGUACGACCCUGAUUCACGUUUUCCUGAACACAACGUUUCAGGAACUGUUUUUGCAUUGGGUCAAACCAAAAACGACCCGUCGAAGAAAUAUUAUGGUGCUAAUGGAGUAUUGAGCGCUUGGAACCCCCAAGUUAAACCAAACCAGUAUACUUCUGCUGAAAUCAUACUCAGAGGUGGUACUGAUUCUAUUAUUGCUGGUUGGACGGUUAAUCCAGCAAAGUACGGUGACACUCAAACAAGGUUCUUCAUUUAUGCAAAUGCAAACAAUAAACUUUGUUUCGAUUCGGAAUGCGGGUUCGUAGUAACAAGACCAGACACUCCCCUCAAUUUUAUACUAUCUCCAUUAUCCAACAUUACAGGACCAAUUUACACAUAUCCAGUCUUUGUUUAUCAGGAUGCAAAGGAUGGGAAUUAUUACCUUCAAGUGUCAUCGCGCAACAUAGAACUCGGGUUCUGGCCUCAGAAUAUAUUUGCAGGUAUGAAAAAUGGAGCAAGCUAUGCAGGAUGUGGAGGAGAAGUUUAUUCUCAAGACACAGUAAAACCUAUAGAUGCUCCAGUUAUGGGAGCUGGGACUUAUCCUGAUAUAUAUCCAGAUAAGAAGAAUUUUGCGUUUUGCAAAUUUUCGGUGGUAGAUGAUUCACAUAAUGUUGUGGUUCCUACAGAUAUAGAAAAAUUUACAAAUAAUCCUGAAUAUAAUGCUGUUGUUACCAACCAAGACCAUGGUAAAGUCAUCUACUAUGGUGGUCCUUUUCCUGUCAAUGUUUAGUUUCAUAACAACAUUAUUAAUAU